AUCCCCUAAAUAAACGCAGCCACUUGGCUUUUUAGUGUUACCCUGGUCCUGCCUGUCUUUUCCUCACUCAAUACCAAGCUUGACGAACCCCCAGCUAAUUCAGACAUGGCGUCACGAACAGGAUUGAGUGAGGAAAAUCCUUCCCGGUUGUCUGUACAGUUUGCUUGUCCGUGGCGAACCAGGGUCACCGACAAAACCCCAGAGGACGAACUUAAUCAUUUUCAACACCAUGUUUUACUUGAUCGGGGGGAGGCAGAGGCCAUUGGCUGGAAUUGUAUUAUUGGGGAGGGCCACCUGAGCCGAACCUAUGCUGCUAGCUUGACUGUUGGUGCUGCAGGCUGUCUCCUGACAUGCCACAUGGGUCUGCGGUUAACCCCCACGGAGGCCAGUGACCGGCCAACGUGCAUUAAGGCAGGGGAAGCCGGCGCUGGGACUGAUCCAGUCCAGCUGUGGAAAGGUGCCCGAAGGAUUUUAAAAGCAGCCGGGGGCACUUGUCCAUCAACUGUUACUCCCCCGAGACUCCCAAGUGGGGGCCCUGCACAUGAAUUGGUAGUCCAGCUAGUGCAGGAGUUAGAGGAAGGGAAAAAGUCCAGAAAGCUCCUCCCUGACCAGUACAAAUCUAAGAUCGUUGCCAGUACCUAUCACAAGAUUUUAGGUCUGGCUCUGGACAAAUUGACCGUUGUUAUGGGGGCUCUGGCGUCCACUGCUCGGGAGAUGGCUGAUACCCCUGAGGAUCCCGGUACAACCCAAUCCCUACCUGCAACCCCAUAUCCUCCCUCUCUGCCAACUCCUAAAACCCCCGAACCCUUCCCUCCACCAUAUCCAACAGCGCCUAGUUUGUACCCGACCCUGCCAUCAUUGACCCCCGAAAAGGUAGCUCUUAAUCCUGCCGAAGCUAUGCCAGUACAAAUCACUCGGACUAAGGUGGACCCCACAGGGGCACAGAAUGUCGUUUUUGAGUGGCGUACACGCAGCAAGGCUGAGAUGAAGGAGUUUAUCAAGGACACAGGGCGGGGACCAAACGAACCUGUAUUCACCUGGUUAGGACGGCUUAUUUUAGAAUAUAGUCAGGAACUUAUUGAUCAGGAGGAGGCAACCCUUAUUUCCCGGAGUGCUGCCUGGUCAAGGGGAACGGGCCGAGGGGUACUGUUAGCUGCUCCUGUCUGGCCAAUCUCCGUGCCAGCAGCUGCUUUCCUUCAGAUUCAAAAUAGUGCUGUAGCUUUUCAGCUACCUCCCAGCGGGAUCACUACCCCACGCGAUCUCAUUUUUACCAUCGCAGGGGCAUCUCUUAUUUGGUGGGAGCCUGCACAAAACCCCCUAGGCUUAACAUUGGCACAGCAACAGCUUCGGUCAUUUGAAGCUUAUUGCUAUGUUACUGAUCCAGCUGCUAUUCCCAUCCAAGAGCAGGGGAUAGACGUGGCCCUUGAUAGCAGCCCUCUGGGGGACACUAGCACGCUGCUGUGGAUGCGGGGGUUCCAGGGGCGGCCGGUAACCGCGUUGUUUCAGGCUAUGGAUCGCCUGAUGUGGCCUGGGCCCCAACCGCCUGCGGUGGCUGCGGGCACUGCACCCCACGGGGGCAAGCCCCGGGCUCCUAAGACCAAUAGCGGGGAGCCUAGCAAAAACACUGUUUGCAGGGUAAGCUCUAUAUCGCAAAAGCUUCUGGCUGUAGCGUUGGGGUGGCAUAAAUAUAUUGCUCCAGAGCCGCCUCCACUUUGAGAGCCAGUUGUUCCUUUUCCCCCUUUUGUUUUUCCAGGAUGCGGGUAUGGGUAUCUGCCCUAAUAACAUCUAGGCCAGGCGACCCGUCUUGCGUCCCAACCCCUUGUAUGCCACGAAGCCCCACGACCCUGACUCUUCAAACCUGGGCAUCGCUGGCCAGUCAGAAAGCCGGCCGGCCCACAUCAUAACAGGACCUGCCCUAGGGCUUGUCCUAUUCUCCCCCUUUUUCAUUCCAGGUUGACAAUUCCCUCACUAUCCUAGCUGAGUAUGCUGAGCAGAACCGCCUGAUGAUACAGACUCUGCUGCAUCAGGACUUUUGCGAGGCCCUGGAGAACCUUGAUUCUCGUUUUGAGGGACAAUGUUGCCUUCGCCUGCGUCCUGGCUGGAACAAUGUUUCUGCCAUCACCCAGCAGCUGUCGUCCCUGGCGGUCCGCAUCCGUGAGGAGCGUCA